CUCUGCAACGAUCAUACACCCUUACCCCACCACCUAGAUCCUUAAGAACUGCCUAGGGGAAACUGAGGCACCCCCACACGAUUCAGAGGAAACAUGAAGUCCCGCUUCAUCACAGAUGACUCCAGGAGGUGAGUUGCUUGCUAUCCUACCAUGUUUUUCUCUGUCUCUCCUCUAGUAUGUUGGCCAUCACACACACUCUGUCUCUGUCUCUGUCUCUGUCUCUCUCUCUGUCCUUGCCUUUCCCUGUGCUGUCUCCCUUCACAGGACACGGGCAGGCACGCUAGGUGUGCAUCCCCGCAGGCUAUGUCUCGGAAGCCAAGAAGCAGUAGGAGGGGACGAAAAUCAUGCAGGGCAGUGGGUGCGAGAGUGGAGCGGUGACUGUCGGUGUUAACUCCGUCUCUGUUCCUCGAGUGGGGCCGAUGUGGAUGGGAUGAAAGAGUGAGGCAGGGCUGAGGGCAAGAUUUCCAGCACCCAUCGAGCUUUGUGGAGUGAUGGCUCAUGCUUGGCUUUUGCAGCUGCUUUCGCAGAGGAAUUGUCCAGGAGCCCUAGCCGGAGGAGAAUAUGGCAGGAGUGGACCUGAGCAGCUUGGACAUCCUUCUAAGCAGACGUGAAGAGUCGUCAGCUUUCUGCCUCCCGCAUAACUGGCUGUGAGUAAGCGUACAAAGGAAAAAGAAGUCAAGCCUCAGAGUCUACUGCCCUCAUGCGAUGGAAAGUGAGUGAGAGCAGCGAGCCUGUGACCGUUGGUGAUGCCAGGCAAGAGCCCUCCAUCUGGGAGCCGAGCAAGCGCCAGUCUUGGUGAGAUAAGUGUCUGGUUUGGUGAGGGCUCUCUUCACGCCCCACCUGAGUCCAGGUAGAAAAGCCCUGUAAAUUAGGGUUCGGUUUGUAAGAAAAGGUUCCUGAUCAGCUGUGGUUACGAGGGAGAAAACAUCCCCAUUUUCAGAAGCUGCUCAUUUCUCUGGUCAAGAACGGUGUCUCCUCCGCAGCAGAAGGUUGGAUCCAAGAGGAUGACUCCAGGUGCAAAGAGUGUUCGGCGUCAGCAUUCUUGCCCUGCCCUCAGUCUGCCAACUGGCUUGGUUGACAACGGCUGGUGAGCCAAGGAGCUGCUGAGAGACGCGGACCAUCCCUCUGUCAACAACUUCUUGAAUCAGCUAUUUCCACAGGUGUUUGAGGAACAAAAGGAUGAGUUUUUACAGAAGGCUUCGUUCCUUUUUCCAAAGACUCGCCUCUCGGGAGCACAGAGAGAUCCAUGUGCACAAAGUGCUCGUCCAACCUGCAGCCAUUGAGGCAUGCUCUGGCCUCAGCCCCCAAGAACAGGCCUUGCCAGAGAAGCCCCAGGGAAGAAAAUGCUCAUGGACCAUCCUGUCAGGCAUGAAAAGACUCUGUGUCUGUUGCCAAUCCCACAGCGCGAUGGCAGAGAGCAGUGAGGAGAGAACAGCUUCCUCUCCAAGAAGGUGGACGCACUUGUCCCUGAAGAAGAAAGCAGCUGAGACCCAGGUGGAGGCAGAGGAGGUGAAGCUGCAGGAGACGACAGACAAAGACGAAGUGGAUCUUACAGGGACGAAGAAGGAGCCGUCUGACACGAAGGGGAAGUGGGAAAAAGGAAGCCCAGAAGAGCAGGAAGAAGAGCGCACUCCCAGCCCCUCAUUAACAAGCAGCUCCCAUAUGACGAUGACCCCCAGGGAGCACCCUUCCUCAGCCCCGCUCCAUGCCCUGCUGAUGGCAGCCGUGAAGGGUCUGACAACACCCACCCUGCAGAGAUUUAGAGCCGCAGAGGAAGAGCUGAGGGCCAUCGUAUCUCUCCACGGAGACAAGAUGGAGAGAGUUGGAGACGUCGUGGGAGGGAUCUUAAUCUGGCUCGACAACAGCUGUGAUCCCAGAGCCAGAAGAGCAGUGCUCAGGGCCAUGGCCUUGCUGGCUCGCUCCCACCCCCAGGACGUGGUUCUAACCUGUGUGGCUCACACGCUCUCAUCGCACAGAUGUGCCAUUGAGUUGUGGAAGGCCUUGGGUGAAGAACCACAGCUCACCAGGGAGGUGCUGCAGCAGCUGCUGGACAAGCUCCAGCAGAGACGCCGGGAGGAGAAGAGCAGCCAUGUGUCUCUGGCUGCAAUGAAGACCAUUUAUGAGCUCCUUUUCCUACGGGGAUACCGAGAAGCCAUCCUGCAAAUGUAUCCCCAGCUGCUCAUUCUCUGCGUCAGGCAAGUGCAGUACGUGCUGGAUCUGCACUUGCCAGGGACCUACAUGGCCAGGCAGACAUCCAGCCCCGAGGAGGGAUCCAGCUGCCUCAGCCCCCUAAGCACCUCAGUGGAGGCUGUGAAGACGCUUUUCUCCAUGCCCGGCUACUGGAAGGAAUUUGCCAGCAUCCACUUUCAUCGGGGUUGGGACAUGAUAGCCUCCCGAUAUCACUACUCGCAGGGGGUUGGCCUGAUUGCAAGAGCCAUGAUCGAGUUUGAGAACCCUCAGCUCCCUGCAGUUUUCAGAGAGGCAAUCACCAUCGUCCAGAGUGGGAAGGAGGAGGAGCAGAGAACUAUCGCCCUGGCUUUCUGCACUGAGUUUCUCCAGAGUCCUUCCAUUGACACCAUCCUGACAAGAUCAGUCCUCCAGGCACAGCUCAUGGACUGGACCAAAGAUGCAAAUUCCAUCAUACGGAGGCUCAGUCUGCGAGGCCUUGGCAGUAUUGUGUUCCAGCCAGAAAAGGUGCAAUUCUUACGGGCCCAGCUGACAGCAAUCCUGGCCGUCUUUUGUGACAGGGAUGGAGGGCGUGUCCUGGAGGCCAUGCAUAAAGCUGCAGACAUCAUCCACCUCCUCAACAGGGAGGGGCUUGGCUCCAUCUCCCAGGAUAUUGCAGUCAGCCUUCGCCCCUUCAUUGAUGAUGAGAAGGGCAGUGUGCGCUCAGCUGCCAUUGUACUGCUUGGCAACGUGGUGAGCAGGGUGCAGGACCCCGACAAACCCUUGGUGCAGCAGGAAAUCAUCCACUGCUUGCUCCCCCUGCUGCUGCAUCUUGAAGACCAGGAGGAGAGUGUGAAACUGUCAUGUAAACUGACGCUCUUCCGCUGCGCAGUCUUCCUCAGGUGGGCUCAUUUGAAGACGCUCUUCCGCAGCAUGGCCUGGGAUGGCUCCUCACAGCUCUUGAAGUGUGUCUGGAUCUGCUUGAUGCAGAACAACGAGAGCCACAUCCCCAAAUUCCUGUUCCAGGCCUUACAGUACCUGGAAAGCUCACAGACAACAAUAAGACAUUCAGCAGCCCGAUUCAUUGGAAAUACUAUCCACCAUUACUGCGAUUUGUUGUCUGAAACCGUGAAUGAAGAUGGCAUCUCCCGCCUGUAUGAAGCUUUUCACGAAGUGCCUUUGAAAUCGGACAGGACUACGUGGUACAUCCUCAACAGAUAUUAUAAAUAUUUGCAGCAGCUUGAAAAUCUCGUGUUGGGUUCUGCAUUCGACUAGGGAACCGGGACCGACUCCGAAGAGCUCUUUGUCCUGCUAUGGUAAAUACAACAGACGCUUCUCAACUUUUUGGUGUCCCUAGACUCUGUUUGCCAGAAGCUGGGAAUGGGGGACAGGGGACUGAUCACUAGAUGAUUGCCUGUCCCUUCAUUCCCUCUGGCAUUGGCCACUGUUGGAAGACAGGAUACUGGGCUAGAUGGACCUUUGCUGUGGCCUUUCUUAUGUCCUUAUGUUUGGAACCGGGGCUGAACAACAAGGUGGAUAUCAGCAGAUGACCCAAAAUGAUGUCGAUUAGUCAGGCCUAGAGAAGACUUGGAAGAAGUUCAAAGGGAUCGAAGAAAGCCAUGUCACUGGGCAGCACCAUGGCAGAUGAAAACCAGCGCUGACCAAGGCAGGGCCAUACACAUGGAAAGCAGUGAGGUGAACGACUCCUCCAUAUCGCUGGUGUCAGAAGCCAAAGCACGGCUGGUUGGGCCCAGUGGUUGGAGCAGUGGCGCUGGGGCCUCGUGCUCAGAGUGGUGGAGGCCGAGCCGAGGGGAGCCAAGGGUUGGAGCCGGAGUCAGGAGUCAAGAGCAGGAUUGGAACAGGCUGGGGAAUAGGG